AGUUGAUGUGAUGCUUCUGCUAGCUUGUCAAGUGCUAAACAUGCCAAGAGAUAGUAGUAUAAUAGGGUUUGGUAUGACUCAUUUUCAUUAAAUCGUUUUAUAGUGGAUUAAUCCUUAAUAUUUUGUACGGAUUUAUACAGCAAUAAAAACAAAUAUUAUUGUCAAACUUUUGAGAUCAGUGGUAAUCAUCAUUAGAUUAUGGCUACUAGAACUGAACCAUCAAGAAAGAGAGACAUUGACUGGAAUAAAUUUGGUUUGGUUAAUUCCCAUCACUCAGAGACCGAAAAUGGACAAUCUGGACGAUAUGGUACUGACGGACACCAGCCCACAGAUGCUAAUGAGUUGUUUGCUGGAGAACAGAACGCUAACCCCUGGUGGAAGUCUCAGUUCUUCAUUUCUCAACCAGUUUUGUUCGGCACCUGGGACGGUGUGUUUACAUCUUGCCUCAUCAACAUAUUUGGAGUGAUUGUGUUCUUGCGGUCAGGUUGGGUGGUUGCCCAAGCUGGUAUCCUCAAUGCACUGCUUAUAGUACUUUCCACAGUUGGGGUGGCACUGAUAUCUGUGCUAUCAGCUGUGGGCAUCUGUGAGCGCUGCCGCAUGGAGAGUGGUGGUGUGUACUUCCUGUUGGCUCAUGUCCUUGGGUCUCGACUAGGGGGUGCCAUCGGACUACUCUAUGUUUUUGGACAGGCUGUAGGAUGCUCGCUGUUUGUGCUGGGACUGGGAGAGUCCCUGGCAGGUCUGGUGGGGCUGGGCUCCAGUCCUUGGGCUCAGAGAGGGUUUGCCUCAGCAGCUGUAUUGCUGCUGUCCAUCAUCAACCUCGCUGGGGUUAAGUGGGUGGUGAAACUACAGUUCGCACUGUUGCUGGUUCUCCUGCUCGCAGGUCUCGACUUUGCUGUUGGCAGCUUUGUGCACACUGAUAAGCAUAGUGGAUUCCAAGGAUGGCUUUCUGGUAACUUUGAGGAGAAUCUUCUCCCAGACUACUUUGAUGGCUACAGCUGGUUCACCACUCUGGGUGUGUUCUUUCCGACAGUGACUGGAGUUCUUGCAGGGAUCAACAUGAGUGGAGACCUCCGUCACCCUUCCACUGACAUCCCCAACGGCACCUUAGCUGCCUGUGCUACUGGGACUGGACUCUACUUGAUCUUUGUAUUGUUUCUUGGAGCGACGUGCACUCGGCAAGCUCUCAAGACCGAUUUUAUGAUCGCAGCUAAAGUUUCAGCACUUCAUGUGCCUCUGCUGGCCGGCCUGUACGUGUCCUCCAUGUCCAGCUGUCUGGGAGCGAUGUAUGGAACUCCCAGAGUGCUGCAGUCCAUCGCCAACGAAAACGUCAUUCCUGGCAUCCACAUCCUGGGGAAGGGUAGGGGACCGAACCGUGUGCCAGUGUACGCCAUGGGAGUAGUGGCAACGGUCAUCAUCACAUUCACUCUGUGUGGCAACAUCAACACCCUGGCACCCAUCGUUACGAUGCCCUUCCUCAUGAUGUAUGCGACUGUGGACUACGCAUACUUUGCACUCGCACAGACCUUCGACAUCCAGCAUCAGCGCGAGCAAAGAUUCAGAUCGUCAGCAACUAACGGCAGAACAUAUGGAUCAUCACCGUCAUUGCCACAUUCAGAAGGCAGCUCUGACCUAGACUCUUUGUUUCCAGAGAGAAGUCAGCAUAGGGCUUACAAUCAGAUAGAGACACCAACUCAGGAACAGGCUGCCAACAUCAGGGUCCACAACAAGCGAGGGAGUUGGUACUCUAGCUUCUGCAAUCGCUGGCUGUCGUUGUUUGGUGCUGUAGUGAAACUGACGAUGAUGUUGCUGGUUAACUGGGUCAUAGCUCUGGCCAACUUCGGGGCAGUAUUCCUCAUCUGGGUGUAUGUGGGUCUGUCCAACCCCGCUGUCAAGCCUGGAGUCGCCACGCAGUUCAGGUUUCUGCGAUGGUUACACAUCACCCUUCUAAGGCUCUGCGGGAGGAGGGGUGUAGAUUAUGAAGAAAUUGUGAUCCCACCGGAAGUGCCUCACUUGAACGUAAGUUCCGACCAAAUCAAUGAAGAGAAUGAAGACUUUGCAUAUCGACAACGCUUCCACCAAACCGCCUCAAUCCGACCAAUGACACUACAGCAGGGAGAGCAGACCUACAGAGACGUGCAGCUGCUCAGAUAAUAGGAGUGUGACAAUCAAAGUUUGUAGUCUAGGAACAUGUGAUGUCCGAGGUUUAGUGGUGACCUACCUCCGAGGUGGCAGUGCCUUCCGUUUUCCAGGUGCUACGCAAUUAGUUACUUUGGGACACAUUUCUAAUUGUAAUUGUGAACUAUUUUGAAUUCUACUUAAUAACAGCAAACGUAUUGGGGCAAACUUAUAAUCAUAGAUAGAAAAACAAAAUCGAAAGAAAAUCAGUCUGAUGUAUCUAAAUACAUCGUCAGAAUUAUAUAAAUACACUGAGUUUGCCAUUAUUAGUUUCCUCAAGGCAACCUCAACGACAGAAUAACCAUCUGAUCUCUUUUUUGCUCUAAGUUAAUAGUGAAAUAUUAGUGGUUCUUGUGUUUUAACACAUUCACUGCUGCUAAAAGAUUAACAUAUAUUGCAACAGUGUGCGAAUGUCUCUGAUUGGAGGCAACAACAUCCGGAGUGAGCUCGGUGUACCUCUUUUUGUUAUUAUGCUAACUAUGCUAGACCCAUUAAUAAAACAGUAAUAUCAAAAUUAAUUUUUAAAAAUUGUUAAAGAUAUUCCUACUUUAUUGAAAAUGGUACUAAAGCAUGUGAUUAGUAAUAUAUUUCAAAAAAGUAGAUAUGAUGUUAGGGCUGGGUUAGGAUCAAACAAAACAAAAAAAAACUUUCAGGAAGGAUUGGAUAUAAAAAAAGACCAUUUAUCCAAUCAAGGUUUCUAGUUUUGAAAAUAGUCAGUUUUUUGUCUUCAAGGAAUUUGUUUUAAAGUUUGGUGACUCUAAAAUAAACAAAAAAAUAUAUUUAAUUUAAAUUUUGAAGAUGAAAUGUUUUGAAAAUAAUAAUACUCCAAAUGUUAUUGUUUAAAAAUUGUACAUUGCAAAAUUACAUUAAAAAUAUUUUUCAAAGUAUUUGCAACUAUUUUGCCCUCUGAAACGACUUCCGUUAUCGUAAAGUCUUAAAGUGUAUCCAUGACUUAGAUUUUCAUUGAGUAUAUCUUGUAAAUUGGUUAUUUAUCUUAUUUAAUUAUUUAAUUAUUUAUCUUAAUUUUUGUUUAGCCUCCAUUCAAAUAGUAAUAGUUCAUUUUCGUUGGUUUUUAAAGUAAUUUUUACGAAUAUUACCUAAAUACGUAUCAAUAUAAUUCCUAAAAUUAAUUCUAGUAUAUUAGUAUUUAAAAGUGAUACUAUUUUUCCUAGUAUUUAAAAAGAUAUUGAAAUAGUAGUUAUUUUACAUUUAAAUAUUUUCUGGGUAAACACAGUUGUAACUAGAAUCAAGUUAAUUUUCUAUUCGUACGAGCUUGAAUAUAUUUUGUUAAUGAUGUGAAAUAUGAUAUCAUAAAAAGUAUUUUCUGUGAAACCUUAACUUAAACACAUUAAUGUAUUUGGUUUUUUUUAAUGUGAAUAACUAAAAUGCUAUUGACGGUAA